UUUUCUGACAAGGUGGUGAUAAUCUCUGUAAGACAAUUGUGACAUGAAUAAAUUAUGUUUGACAUAUAUUUUCACAAAGUAAUGACAAGUGCAGAUCCUUGGGUUGGGACAUGGAGACCCCACAGACCGAAGGGGCCCAUAGCUGCCCUCUAUGGAAGCCCAGGGCCAAAGUAUGCACUGCCUGGUCUCACAGGUGGUGAAAGGCAUGACCCCACUAAAUACAAAGCACCCGUGUUCGGCUUUGGGACACGACAUGAGCUGCCCAGUUUUAACUGCUCUCCUGGACCAAUGUACCUCGUCCCAGCUAAUGUCAGCAAAACAGGCAGAGAUGGGACGCCUGCGUUUUCACUUCAUAGCCGUCCAAGGAGUCCAAAAGUGUCCCAAACCCCUGGACCAGGCCAUUACUGCCCGGAGCGUUCAGGCAAGUCAAUCUUCCGCUCUUGUCCAGCUUAUUCUCUGUGUGGGAGGAGCAAAGACAUGUCAUGUGACAAAACACCAGGGCCAGCCUCUUAUAGUCUGCCCACUGGACUGGGGGGUAAAACACUGGUCAGCUCUGCAGCUCCUGUCUAUUCAAUCAGUGGCCGAAGUAAAAUUGGAGGCUUUGAUGAGGACCUGAAGAAGACUCCUGGUCCUGCUGCCUACAAAGUUGUGGACCCUUGUGUUUUCAAGAGUAAACCUCCUCAGUACAGCAUGACAGGCCGCAAUUUCACACCUAGUAUGGGCACAAGAACACCUGGACCUGGAUCACACCAUCCAGAGAAGGUGACCUUCACAAAAGCAAAAGCACCAUGCUUUUCUUUUGGACUGCGACACUCCCAAUACAUCUUACCUGUCCCAAAUGUGGCUGAAUAAAGUCACAUAUAUUCUCAUCUGUAAAAUG